AAAAAAAUAAAAACAUUGUUUAAAUCAAAAUAGAAAUCACUGGAUUUAAUAAACUUAAAACUUUAAAUAGUGUAAAAUCCAAAAAAGGCACUGGAGAAAAUUGUGAGAUUAGAAUUUUUUAACGGUUAAGUUUUAAAACGAUUUCAAAUUCGACAGAAUCAAGUGUUUACAUUUAAUAAAUUAUCAAAUUAAGUCUUAUUUAACAUAAUAAACUAGAUUACUUCAAUUUAAAACAAAGCUAUCACAUUGACAUCAGCCUUAAUCAUCGAGUUCAUCGUAAAAUAUAUCUGGUGACGUUAUUUAUGAAAAGUUUAAGGCGAAUUAGUUGUGCAAAAAUAUAAACUCCUCGUCUAUGAAAAUAUUUAAAUAACUUGUGUACGAGCCAUCAUUUGAACCUAAUAGUGAGGAGAAUAAAGAUCAUUAAGCCUCGGCAUUUGUGGAAUUAUCAAGAUAAAGUGUUGAGUGAGGAAAAGAAGCACAACAAACUGUUUUUAUUUAUAUUUGAUUACGUUUUUAUUUUGGAAUUGGAAGUGAAGUGUGAUCAAGUGAAAUCAUGUCGGCAAAAGCAAUCCGUGAAGCAACUGGAAAAGAAUUGAUAAAUAAGUAUUUGGAAGGUGGAAACGAGACGGGAACUCAGAAAAGUCGUUUUGCAUCAGUCACUGAGUCCACAGAUUGGAGUCAAUUGGUCGUCGAACAUCCAUGGCUUGAGUCAACACCACUUGUCGUAAAACCAGAUCAGCUUAUUAAACGACGUGGCAAAUUAGGUUUGAUCGCAGUCAAUAAGAAUUUCCAGCAAGUCAAACAAUGGGUCAACGAACGGAUGGGAAAAGAUCAAAAAAUUGGAAAUGCUGUAGGAAAGCUAAGGAAUUUCAUUAUCGAGCCAUUUGUUCCACAUAAAGAUGCUGAAGAAGCUUAUGUUUGCAUUUAUUCGCACAGAACUGCCGAUACAAUUCUGUUUUAUCAUCAAGGUGGCGUUGAUAUUGGAGAUGUUGACUCAAAAGCUCUCAAAUUGGAAGUUACUGUUGGAUCAACAUUGUCAAUGGAUGAUAUUGAAAAGAAAUUAUUAACGGAAAUUUCAGCAGCAAAAAAACCACGUGUCGCGAAAUUCGUUUAUGCUCUUUAUCAGCUCUAUGUUGAUCUCUACUUUACAUAUCUUGAAAUUAAUCCACUCGUUGUUACUGACAAUUCAAUCUACAUUUUGGAUCUGGCUGCAAAGAUUGAUGCGACAGCUGAUUUCAUUUGCCGUCCAAAAUGGGGUGACAUUGAAUAUCCACCGCCUUUUGGCCGUGAUGCUUAUCCUGAAGAAGCUUAUAUUGCCGAUUUAGACGCAAAAUCCGGUGCAUCAUUAAAGUUAACAAUUCUUAAUCGUACUGGUCGUAUUUGGACAAUGGUUGCUGGAGGCGGUGCCAGUGUCAUUUACUCUGAUACAAUAUGUGAUUAUGGUGGUGCAUCAGAAUUAGCAAAUUAUGGCGAAUACUCUGGCGCUCCUUCUGAACAACAAACUUAUGAAUAUGCAAAAACCAUUCUUAAUCUCAUGACAUCAUCACCAAAACAUCCGGAAGGGAAAGUUUUAAUCAUUGGUGGUGGAAUUGCCAAUUUUACAAACGUUGCUGCAACAUUCAGCGGAAUCAUUACUGCAUUACGUGAAUUCAUGGCAAGACUCGUUGAGCAUCAAGUAUCAGUCUUCGUUCGACGUGCUGGACCUAAUUAUCAGGAAGGUUUACGUCGCAUGAGAGAGAUUGGUGCAACUCUUGGCAUUCCUUUAUAUGUUUUCGGUCCAGAAACUCACAUGACAGCAAUUUGCGGAAUGGCAUUGGGUAAGAAACCAAUCCCAAAUGCUGCCGAUCUUCACUUUGCAACUGCCAAUUUCUUAUUACCAAGUGGACAGCAACAACAAGAACAACGUAAAAUGACCUCUAGUCAAACCUCUCCAGGAGCUGAAGGCUCGAAAAGAAUUUCAAUAAGUUCUCCUGCAGGUUCUAAUCAAGCAUCAAAGAUAACCAGUCCAAGAGUUGUUGGUAGCUUAAAUCAAGUGGAAUACCGAAAAUUGUUCUCAAAGAAUACAAAGGCAAUCGUUUGGGGAAUGCAAACAAGAGCUGUUCAGUCAAUGUUGGAUUUUGACUUCAUUUGUCGACGAGAGGAAGCAUCAGUUGCUGCUAUGGUCUAUCCAUUCACUGGAUAUCAUCGUCAAAAGUUUUAUUGGGGACAUAAGGAAGUCUUGAUUCCAGUUUACAGUAAAAUGGCUGACGCACUGAACAAGCACAAGGAUGUUGAUGUACUUGUCAAUUUUGCAUCACUUCGUUCUGCUUAUGAAUCAUCACUUGAAGUUGUCAAUGACUUUCCACAAAUUAGAACAAUUGCUAUUAUUGCUGAAGGUAUUCCAGAAAAUAUGACUCGUAAAUUAAACUCAGCAGCACAUGAAAAGAAAGUAUCAAUUAUUGGACCAGCUACUGUCGGUGGAGUUAAACCUGGCUGCUUUAAAAUUGGAAACACUGGUGGAAUGCUCGAUAACAUCUUACACUCAAAAUUAUAUCGUCCUGGCAGCGUUGCUUACGUUUCACGUUCCGGUGGAAUGUCAAAUGAGCUCAACAAUAUUAUUAGCAACUCAACAGAUGGUGUAUUGGAAGGUGUUGCCAUAGGAGGAGAUCGAUAUCCAGGAACAGUUUUUAUGGAUCAUAUUAUGCGAUAUCAACAUGACGAUGAUGCAAAAUUGAUUGUUGUUCUUGGAGAAGUCGGUGGCGUUGAGGAAUAUGAAAUUUGUGAAGCAUUAAAGGACGGAAGAAUUACAAAACCAUUGAUCGCAUGGUGUAUUGGAACUUGUGCUGGAAUGUUUACAUCGGAAGUUCAAUUUGGACAUGCCGGUUCUUGUGCUCAAUCUGAUCUGGAAACAGCAUUAUCAAAGAACAAGGCAUUAGCGGAAGCUGGUGCUCAUGUCCCUGAAUCAUUUGAUACACUUGGAGAUCUGAUUGCUCAUGUUUAUGAAGAUAUGGUACACAGUGGACAGAUUGUGCCUGCUGAAGAAGUUCCCCCUCCUACCGUUCCAAUGGAUUACAAUUGGGCAAGAGAAUUAGGUUUAAUUCGUAAACCAGCCUCAUUCAUGACCUCAAUUUGUGACGAGCGUGGACAAGAAUUGCUAUAUGCAGGAAUGCCAAUCUCUGAAGUUCUCACAAAAGACGUCGGUAUUGGUGGAGUUGUUUCUCUCUUGUGGUUUCAACGCUGCUUACCUCCAUACGUCUGUAAAUUCUUUGAAAUGUGUCUAAUGGUUACUGCUGAUCACGGACCAGCUGUCAGCGGUGCUCACAAUACAAUCGUUUGUGCUCGUGCUGGAAAAGAUCUGGUUUCCUCAUUAGUUUCAGGAUUAUUGACUAUUGGUGAUCGUUUCGGCGGUGCACUUGAUGGAGCUGCAAAACAAUUCUCAGAAGCAUACGAUUCGAAUAUGCAUCCAAUGGACUUUGUUAAUUCGAUGCGCAAAAAGGGACAACUUAUUAUGGGAAUUGGACAUCGUGUAAAAUCAAUCAACAAUCCAGAUAUUCGUGUUAAAAUUAUUAAAGAUUUUGUACUCGAAAACUUCCCUUCAAAGCCAUUAUUGGAAUAUGCACUUGAAGUUGAAAAGAUCACGACAAGCAAAAAACCAAAUUUAAUUUUAAAUGUUGACGGAGUUAUUGCUACGUGCUUUGUUGACAUGCUCAGAAAUUGUGGUGCAUUUUCAAGCGAGGAAGCACAAGAAUACAUAAACAUUGGAGCUAUAAACUCAUUGUUCGUGUUGGGACGAAGCAUCGGAUUUAUUGGUCACUUCAUGGAUCAGAAGCGCUUGAAGCAAGGACUUUACAGACAUCCAUGGGAUGACAUCUCGUAUGUUCUGCCUGAACAAUACAACGUAAACCAAUAAACGCAACAUCCCAUGAUCUAAAAAUGAUAUCCUACAUUUUAACGUUAGAAAAUCGCUUAUUAUCUGAAUGUGUUCCUGGCUAUUUUAUUGUAAUGAUGGAACUCAUUCGACUAUGAUCGUUAUAAAAAAAAAAUAUUAGUAAAUUUUAAUCUUGAUUCUUGGUGCUAUAAAUUUUGUCAUUUGGAACCAAUAAUUAUGGAUUUUAUAGCAAUGAAAAUCAAACAAAACAGAAUAUAUAAUGCAAUGCAUUUAAAAUGAAACAAAACCGCACUGAAAUCAUGGAUAAGCACCUGAUAAAUGUUAUGUAGGAAAUGAAAUGUUUUUUGCACUAAAACUUGUAGAAAGAAAUUUUUUGCACAAAAAAGAAAAUCAUAAAAAUAAUAAUAAUUAAACGAUGAUAAUCAGAGUUGGGUGAGCUUGACUGUUAACAGCUCUGUAUUAAGCAUAAAGUAAUUUCUUAUUUAAGUAAAUGGUUUUUUAUAUUAAUUUCUUUUUGAAGGUUGAUUUACAUUCCUAAUUGGAAAAAAAAGAAUUAAAAAAAUAUUAUUAAUCAUAGUUUCAAACAUUAGUUUUCAUUAUUUUCGUCAUUUUUGGGUUCUUUAUUGUUAUUUUUUUUACUUCUUUUUUUUUGUUUUACAACAUUAAUUUUUAAUUUAAUGACAUGAAAAAUAAGUUUCAAGAUAAAUAAAAAUUACAUUUAUGUUAUAGAAAUUCG